AUGCUAAGGAAGUCAUUUUUAACUCCUCAGCGGAUAGGGAAUCGUAUUUCGCUGAGGUACAUUUUCUAUGGUGCGCUUAGCACUACUGGGGCCAGGAGAUAUGCGUCUCCAAAACCUACCUUGAACCUCGAUCCUAGCUAUCAAGCUUUGCUCAACGACAUCAAUAUUGCUUUGAACAGCAACAAAGCCAAUCCACCGGUACAUCGAGAAUUGGAGAUUAUUGAAGGGUCAUCAAGCCAGGUAACGCAAGAACUAUCUGUUCAAGAUUGGCUACCAAUGCAAAUGCCACUUGAACCCACAAUCGAAGAUGAUUCCGACGAUCCUGAACACCGAAAAUCUCCUGCUGCAUUGUUCGGUUCCAAGCGGAUAUCCAUGGUCGUUCUCCCGGAACAAUUAAAAUCUACUGUAGACCAGUUGAUCUUCGAGGAAGGAACUUUGGCUUUGCGCGGCGAUUCGACACGUCUUUUCAAAGCGCCUGAGGAUGAAAGUGGCGGAGGGCAGUGGGAUACAGAGUAUGAUGUCAAAUAUUCUUCUCGAGAACAGGCUAUGAGGCAUGCUAUCCGUGACGGAAUGGCAUUUGCUACUGUAGCUCUCCCGGCACACUAUUCAGCAAUCAUGUCGGUUUUACAACACAUCAAACAGAGAUUGGAGCCUUCAUGGGAAGUGAACAGAAUAAUAGACUGGGGUGCGGGUACUGGAAGUGGACUAUGGGCCUCAGUUUAUUCUUUUCAACACCAAAGCAAUCUGGAUUCCGACGCUGUUCAGGAUGCAGUUAUCGAAAAAUCUAAAAUUUUAUCCUACGUUGGGAUUGAGAAACGUGUUGGACUAGCGUCUAUCGGAAAGAAGUUGGCUGCCCGUGUUCCAACUGGUUCCAUUGAUAUUUCGUGGAAGAAGUCCUUUAACGAACAACAACACAAGGUGCUCCGGGAGGAAGGACCGGCUACAAUAGCAUUAUCGGCAUUCGCUCUCACGUCGUUGUCGACAGCUACAGCCCAGAAAAAAAUUGUUCAGGAGAUGUGGGACAGUGGUGCUCAUACCAUAGUAAUUAUUGAUCAUAAUACAGAAAAAGGUUUCCACGCUGUUGCUCAAGCAAGAGAAUAUCUGUUACGGUUGGGUAAUGAAGAGGUUGAGGACCCUGCGAUCGCGAAAUUGGAUGUUGUGGGCUCUCACGUUCUUGCUCCAUGUCCUCAUGAUCGUCCUUGCCCUUUGCUUCGUCCGGGAGGCGUCACUCUCACCUGCGGAUUUUCUCAGCGGCUACAACGUCCACCAUUCAUGCGACACAGCAAACAAACACGUGUUGGCCACGAAGAUAUCGGGUAUUCGUACACUGUCAUUCGACGAGGCCCUCGUCCUACGCUAGUCAAUACUUCGGUCGGUAGAGUUGGUGCAGUAGGGAAAAGGGCUAUGGAAAUGGCCCGUUUUGCCAAUGAGGAAAUGAGAGAAUUGAAAGUCGAACUUGAUGCAAAUGACACUGUUAACAAUAUUCUCACUGCUGAAAUACCCGAAACCGAGGGUACCAUUACCCUUCAAGAUGACGAACUAGGGGAUUCAGAUCUGCAGGUGGCGCUCCGAAGAGAAGCAUACGAAUGGCCCAGAGUUGUCUUCCGACCAAUAAAAAAUCCUGGGCACAUCAUCUUAGAUAGCUGCACCAAAGAAGGACAAUUGAUGCGAAUUACCAUUCCUAAGUCCCAAGGCAAACAGCCAUUCUAUGAUGCUCGGAAGUCUAAUUGGGGGGAUCUUUUCCCCCAUGCACCAAAAAACGCGCCGGUAGAGCGUCACCAACCAAGGAUUAGGAAAGGCAAUCGUGGCUCCGGGGCAGACAUUGGGAAAAGAAAGGAUAGUUUCAAGGCUCGCCAAAAACAAAGCUAUGGCGAGAUAGCGUUGAGUGUCCGAGAACGCAAGAAGCAAUCUAAGCAGCAGUUCGCUCGCACUCGCGGAGACAAGGUUUGGCAAGAUUGA